UGCAUGGCACUCGUCGUGCUCGUAAGACUAGCUCUGUGGCUUCUCGGCUCCUGCCUGGAGCUCGCCGCCCUGGUGCUCUUCCGGGGCCUGGCCCUCCUCGCCGUCGCCGCCGUGGACCUGGUCAGGCUGCCGGGGCAGGCGGCCGAUGCGGCGCUCGAUGCGACCAAGGGCGUGCUUGAAGCGGCGGUCGAGCUCGUCUUCAACCUAGUCUGGGACGUGGCAGUGGCCGUCGUCUCAGCGUUUCUCGAGUCGCUCUGGAGCGUGGUGGCCGGCACGGCGGAGUUCGCCGCGUCUACGGUUGUGGAGCUCAUGGAGGCAGCACGGGAUGGCAGCGAGGAGGCGGCGAAGGCGCUCACGGAGGUGCUGGAGGGCGCGGCGGAUGCGGUGGCCGGGACGCUGGUGAAGCUCGCGGAGAACUACACGGAUGCUCUUGUGCACCUCUUGCAAAAUCUCAUCUGAUGGUACGAUAUAGAUGUCAUUUGUUUUUGUCACUCGCCGAAUUUUCACGGAGUAAGGUGCAAACAAUCAUUUUUUUUUUCAUUUGGGGCGAAAUAUUCAUAUUGUUCACGUGAAAUUUAUGGAGGUUCACGUGUUAUAGUGUGUUUCAGACAUUUGUGAUCGUUUCAUAGUUUCCGGGUACCCUGACACGUAAUCUGUUAUAGUACGAUCUGCAAGUUAGUUCCUUUUUUUUCCUCCAUUCUUCUAGUAAUUUUUGUUUCACUUUUAUCUUUACAAAAAUGAAAUAGGUACAUUAAAACUAUUUAUGUAUAUUUUCGUGCAUUUCUAUAAAUCUUCACAAUUUUUGGAAACGGCUAGACUGUUUUAAAAAAAAAAUCAUGCAUUUCGGGAGAUACUCAUGCAACUUUAAAAAAACCACUCAAUUUGAACAGUGUAAAAAAAAUCUUUAUAACUGUGAAAUGUUCGCUUAUUUCUUAAUAUGUCCAGACAAUUAAAAAAGUGUUCGGGUAUUUUUAAAAGUAUUGACACAUCUUAAAAAAUGUUCAUCAAAUUAAAAAGUGUGGACAAAAUUCACAAAGGAAAAAUAAGAAAAUUUAUAAAAUUAAAUAAAAAUAAAAGGGAAAACAAAAAUAAAAGUAAAAACAAGACAAAUAAAAAUGCAUCAAUAGAAAAAACUAGAAAUGAACAAAAAGGGAAAAGACCCAGAAA